AUGGAUAAUCAUAAAGAGAAAGAGACAGAUUCUUCUUUCCAUCCUGAGCCUCUUUCCUUUAGCUUCAAGCCCAAUCCAACCCGGAGGUUAGGAACCUCUCUGGGGUCUCAAUCAAGCUAUGAACGUAGUGCAUCCAGCUUAGAGACAAAACCGUCAGUGGAUUCGAUGGAAUCUGUUGAAACUGCACGAAGAAGUAUGAAGAUACUUCAUCGACCCAUCUUACCCAGUAAUACCAAUGGCACAAAUCUACCAUCAUUACUCCCAAUCCUCUCUAAAAGACAGGACCCACCUUUAAGAAAUUCUUCUUGCUUUCCUCCCCAGAACAAGACUUUGGACAUGCUUAAAGACUUUAGUCAGAAUCACUCUGCGGUCAAUGUCCAAGAACAGAAAAAAGGUGCAACUUCUAUACCGCCGUCUAAGAUUAAAAACGGCCACGAAAUUCAUAUACAGGGUGUUCAAUAUCCAGACAAACCCUCGCAGAAUCCUGUAAAAUCGUCGCAUGGCAAUGAACAGCCGAGCAUGUCCCCCAUUAUAUUGCCCAAAAAAGCUACCAAAUAUAUCAAGCCAGAUGAGAGAAUUAUACAAACUUUACCGAAUCCAGAACUCGACUUUCCAAACCCUAAAAAAGCAGCACCGUUUCAAAAAAACACCAAAACGGUUUAUCCGAUAGAGCAGCAAUACACUAGGGCCGGCACUAAAGUUGCCAGCGUAGAUAACUUUAACACUGAAAUUGAUUCUCUUGCUGGCCUAUGCAAACAGAUACUGGCUCAGAAAGAAACCGCGAUUACUGAAUCUAAUCAACAAAUACAAGUUCUCGAAAAAAAAAUUCAAUGGCAAAGCGAGCAAAUUCAAGAAUACAUCACAAAAAGCACAAAGUUAGAAGAUUUUUUUAAUAAAUCAUUUCGACAAAGUGAUCAAACCAAGAUUUGUAGUUUCGAGAAUCUAUCCGAAAAAUAUGAUAUUUUCUUUUCUACCCUCCAAGGCCUUGAAUCGUUUAUCAAAACUGAAAAAAGCCAAAAAGAAUCUGGGACUGAGUCAAAAGAAUCCGAAACUGCAGUCUCUUUGGUUGAUCAAAAAUCUAUUAAAGUCAUAAAAAAGAGUAAAUAA